GAGCAGGCUCAGCGCCGCGCUCGCAGCCUUCCACCAGCCGCGGCGCCCCGCUUCCGCUUCCGGUGAGUAUUGUGAGUCGCGCCGCGGGGCGGGGGUGAGGGGAGGAGGAAGGAGGGAGGCAGUGCUCCGGCGUCUCCGCGCCCGGCACUCCGGGACCCGGAGCCGGGAAGGUAGUCAAAUAAUGGCCGAGACAAGUCUGAUAGAGGCUGGAGCCUCUGCAGCCUCCACGGCUGCCGCCCUGGAGAACCUGCAAGUGGAGGCAAGCUGUUCUGUGUGCCUGGAGUAUCUGAAGGAGCCAGUUAUCAUCGAAUGUGGGCACAACUUCUGCAAAGCCUGCAUUACCCGCUGGUGGGAGGACCUGGAACGGGACUUCCCCUGCCCGGUCUGUCGGAAGACAUCGCGAUACCGAAGCCUCCGGCCCAAUCGACAACUGGGCAGCAUGGUGGAAAUCGCCAAGCAGCUCCAGGCCGUCAAGCGGAAGAUCAGGGAUGAGAGCCUCUGCUCCCAGCACCAUGAGGCCCUGAGCCUCUUCUGCAAUGAAGACCAGGAGGCUGUCUGUUUGAUAUGUGCCAUUUCCCAUACCCACCGGGCCCAUACCGUGGUGCCAUUGGAUGACGCUACACAGGAGUAUAAGGAGAAACUGCAGAAGUGCCUGGAGCCCCUGGAACAGAAGCUGCAGGAGAUCACUUCCUGCAAAACCUCCGAAGAAAAGAAACCGGGGGAGCUCAAGAGACUAGUGGAGAGCCGCAGACAGCAAAUCCUAAAGGAAUUUGAAGAACUCCACAGGAGGCUGGAUGAAGAACAGCAGGCACUUUUUUCCCAACUGGAAGAAGAAGAGCAGGACAUUCUACAGAGACUUCGAGAAAAUGCUGCUCACCUUGGGGGCAAGCGUCGGGACGUGGCCCACUUAGCUGCUGAGGUGGAGGGCAAGUGCUUACAGUCGGGCUUCGAAAUGCUUAAGGAUGUGAAAAGUACCCUGGAAAAAUGUGAGAAGGUGAAGACCAUGGAGGUGACUUCAGUAUCUAUAGAGCUGGAAAAGAACUUCAGCAGUUUCCCCCGGCAGUACUUUGCCCUAAGGAAAAUCCUUAAGCAGCUAAUUGCGGAUGUGACCCUGGACCCUGAGACAGCGCAUCCUAACCUCGUCCUGUCAGAGGAUCGGAAGAGUGUCAAGUUUGUGGAGACAAGACUCCGAGACCUCCCUGACACGCCCCAGCGUUUCACUUUCUACCCUUGUGUCUUGGCUACUGAAGGCUUCACCUCUGGUCGACACUACUGGGAGGUGGAGGUGGGCGACAAGACCCACUGGGCAGUGGGAGUGUGCCGGGACUCUGUGAGCAGAAAGGGCGAACUGACUCCACUCCCCGAGACCGGCUACUGGCGCAUCCGGCUGUGGAACGGGGACAAGUACGCAGCCACCACCACACCUUUCACCCCUUUGCACAUCAAGGUGAAACCUAAGCGGGUGGGCAUCUUCCUAGACUAUGAGGCUGGCACACUGUCUUUCUACAACGUCACAGACCGCUCACAUAUCUUCACCUUCACUGAUACUUUUACUGAAAAACUCUGGCCCCUCUUCUACCCAGGGAUCCGGGCUGGUCGGAAGAAUGCUGCACCUCUUACCAUCAGGCCCCCGACAGACUGGGAGUGACAGGAGACUGAGCGUAGUUGGGGUGAGGCAGGGUCAAGAGUGAUGGGUCUUCCUUACUGUGACCUGCUGGAAUGUCUUGACGUGUACGUGGUUCCAGUCCUGAGCCAUCUUGAGAAACCACCUGGUCUCUGGGAUGGUUUGUGUGAAGACAGGACUGGGCUGCGUGGCAGAGCACAGAGGAGUGUCCCUGCUUACUGUAGCGGGAGAACAGGCUCCCAGGGGAUCGUGAUCCGUGUCCAGCGGGUUUCUUGUUGCACAAGGACAGGUUGGGAAAGAAGAGGCUUUCUAGAAACAGAAAGUCUAUAUGAAACGGUCUUAACUUGCUUAAAAUGCAGGAAACAGAAACCUUUAAAAGGCUUCUGUGAUUCAGAGUAGCCUUGUUCCUUGUGGGAGCGCAUAGGGAUCUGUGUACCUCUGUGUCGGAAAGAUGACUGACAAUUGCUGUCGUCAGUCUAGAAGCUGAGAGACUUUUGAGGGCAGAGACUGGACAUUAAAGUGAGGAGGAGGAUCAGGGAAGAGGCUAAAGGGAUAUUUCUAGGAAUGAUUGAAGGAGAUGGGGAUUUCUUUUGUUUUCUCUUCUUAGGUUAAUGUUACCGUUACCCAUAGGUUUAGCCAGAGGUUGGAAUUUGGGGAGAAAGAUAAGGUGGGCAGAAAGGAGAACCAGGUCUCAACCCUGGUUAUUCCUGUCCCCGCAGUUGGUUGUCUCCAAGAAGUAGGCUCACCUUUCUCCCUUCUGGAGGUGAGAUGGAAACGGCCCUGCGGGACACACGCUUACCCCUGCACUGUUUUCCCAAGGGAACGUGGAGAGGAGUCAGAUAUUAGAGGAAAGAGAAGGGUCUAUCCAAAGCCCUGGCCUUAAAGAAUGUUAAAAGUAGUUAUUCCCAAGUUGUUUGCCUUGUCCACUGGCUCAGGUGUCUGAGCCAGAAGGAAGAACAGUCAUGGAGUCUUUCUCACCCCGCGAGAACAGGGUAGAAGAGGGUGGUUUGUGUAGCAAAGGGUCAGAUAGACAGCUUUGCUCUGUUGCUGUCCUUCACCCUUUGACGUUCCCUUGUUCAGAGAAUGGAAACCAUUUUAAGUUAGGCCAAAAUAAAAGCCAAUAGGGUACAUA